AUGUGGUCGUCGUCCUCAUCAUCGUUAACGACUGAAGUCGAUAUGGGUACAUCGGUAGCCCCAACAUCACCAUCCUCCUCACCAGCAACAAAUACAACGACAAUAGCAACAACACCAAUAGCAUUAACUACAAAACAGCGCAACUUCGAGCUCUCAGCUAAAAGUGAAUGUUACGAUCAAACGGAACCCACAUCAGCAUCUCUCAGUCGUCAUCAGCAUCAUUAUGCAGCCACAUUUGAUACAACUAAUACGCCUGGAACGAGUGAUGAGCAGUUGGAUUUGUCGUGUUCAUCGAGGAACAAGCGCACUUCAUCAUCAAGAUCCAAAUUUUCGAUCACAGAUAUUUUGAACGCCAACAAUGAUUCUGAAUCGAAAAGACGACGGUUAUCGACACCGCCUUCAGAGUUGAUUCGAACAGGUGCUACUUCCAACGUUGCGGUAAGCAGUGAGCCAACGUCUCCAUCGCUACAAUCGUUUUCAGACCUGAUCGAUUCACGAUUUGCACUACCUCAAUAUGUUCAAUUUCUACAUGGUGGGCUUGCAAGCGGUCGCCAGAAUUUGCCAAGUUCAUGGCUCCCAAUGUGGUUUUCGGCUUUCUAUCCAUCGCUUACGCAGUUUCCCUUUCCAGCAGUUGCUACCAAGUCACCAAGAAUUCUAUCAAAUUCAGAAGCAGGCAAGUCGCCUUAA